GAGCGCGCGCGCACUCACACACACACACUCGCACACGAGCAUCCCGAAGGGUAUUUAAGCUCGCACACGCGAGGCUGCGGAGAUACUUGGGGCAGCCGCGACUUGCGUUUGCUCCUUGGGUUAUUUCGUUUUCCUCUCUACUCUCCCCCUUGGCCGCUCCUCUAGAGCUGCGCUCUCCGGUGUCGCUCAGCUUUUUUUGCCCUGAACUGAAUCCAGGUGGGAAACUGGUCGUCGGGCGGAAAGACACCGAAUAGGUAGAAAUAAGGCAAACUAUCAGACGCAACAGGUCCAGAGCUCGGUGGGGCGGGAGAGCGGCGGCCCCUCGCUGCGCCCGCUGCCCCCGGGGACCCUACACUGCGGCUCUCGGGGACCUGGGGAGAGGUGUCUGCUUUUUGAGGGUUAGGAGAGCCGUCUGGGUGGGUUUCAUUUCGUUUUUUUACCCCAUCGCCACCCGGUCCCUGGACUGAGGGUGCUUUUCACUCAACUGGUAGGAGAGAAGGAAGCGGAGGAUGGUCCACGCCUGCUGGUCUCAAAACUGAGCAAAGCGCAGGUCCAUCUCUGCGCCCGGGCUCCGACUCCACCAACUAGUUGUGCAGCCACAGAGACUGAACUUUAAAGGAAUCGUCCUUUUCCUCUCCUUUUAAGCUUAUUGGAGGAGAUAGUGGGUGGAAGGCGAAGCCGAGGCAGCCGCCACAAUGCUGGUGAAGAAGCAUGCAGGGAAAGGAGGGGGUCGAGAGUCUGGAUCCGAAGACCCGAGCCCCUGCGGGCAGCGGUGUGCCCGUACCAUGCCCCAGUGCACGGCCCUGGCGACACUCCUAUCAGUGGUGGCCGUGAUUUCUUGUCUGUACCUUGGGGUGAAAACCAACGACCUCCAGGCUAGGAUCGCCGCUCUCGAAUCCGUUAAAGGGGAUCCUUCUGUUCGUCUGCUGCCUGAUACCUUGGAUCAGCUGAAGGCCAUGGUGCAAGAGAAAGUGGAGCGCCUUCUGGCUCAGAAAUCCUAUGAACAUAUGGCUAAAAUAAGAAUUGCAAGAGAAGCACCUUCAGAGUGCAACUGCCCAGCAGGUCCUCCGGGAAAACGAGGGAAGAGGGGUCGGAGAGGAGAAUCUGGUCCUCCUGGCCCCCCUGGUCCAAAAGGUGAUAAGGGAGAACAGGGUGAUCAGGGACCUCGGAUGGUGUUUCCUAAAAUCAAUCAUGGGUUUCUCUCUGCUGAUCAGCAGCUCAUUAAACGCCGCCUGAUUAAGGGUGACCAAGGUCAGGCAGGGCCUCCAGGACCCCCAGGCCCUCCAGGCCCACGAGGGCCACCUGGGGACACAGGGAAAGAUGGCCCCCGUGGAAUGCCAGGAGUACCUGGUGAACCAGGAAAACCAGGAGAACAAGGCUUGAUGGUGUUUUGUCACUUAACGUUACUCAAUCUUUGUUCUUUUGCUCAGGGAGAGCCUGGAGAACAAGGAGAAAAGGGAGAUACUGGAGAAAGUGGCCCCAAAGGUGACACAGGCGAAAAGGGUGACCCUGGAUCAUCUGCUGCAGGAAUUAAGGGAGAACCUGGAGAAUCUGGUCGUCCAGGGCAAAAGGGUGAACCAGGGCUUCCUGGGCUUCCUGGACUUCCGGGGAUAAAGGUAAAUACUGCACUGAUACUAUUUAUCAAUACAUUUUCCCAACAGAGGAUUACCACCUUAACUGUCACGGGUCCCCCUGGGCCUCCUGGACCUCAAGGACUACAAGGGCCAAAGGGAGAACAAGGAUCUCCAGGAAUCCCAGGAGCUGAUGGAGAGCAGGGACUCAAAGGCUCAAAGGGAGACAUGGGGGACCCAGGUAUGCCAGGUGAAAAAGGAGGAAUUGGACUUCCUGGAUUACCGGGUGCCAAUGGAGUGAAGGGAGAAAAGGGAGACUCCGGAUUGCCAGGUCCCCAGGGUCCUUCUAUCAUAGGCCCACCAGGCCCUCCAGGUCCUCAUGGCCCACCUGGCCCCAUGGGACCCCAUGGACUUCCUGGACCAAAGGGAGCAUCUGGCUUAGACGGAAAGCCAGGAGCCCGGGGUACAGAUGGUCCUAUGGGACCUCAUGGCCCUGCAGGCCCCAAAGGAGAAAGAGGGGAAAAGGGAGCUAUGGGAGAACCUGGACCCAGAGGACCGUACGGCCUGCCUGGGAAAGAUGGAGAGCCUGGUCUUGAUGGUUUCCCUGGUCCACGAGGCGAGAAGGGUGACCUGGGAGAAAAGGGAGAAAAGGGAUUCCGAGGCGUUAAGGGGGAAAAAGGGGAGCCAGGCCAGCCUGGCCUGGAUGGGCUGGAUGCCCCUUGCCAAUUGGGCCCAGAUGGAUUACCCAUGCCUGGCUGUUGGCAAAAGUGAUGAAUCUAACCUUCCAAGCAUGAAGUUGUGUAUAUAAUGGUCCACUUUCUAUAUUUAUAGUUGAAAACAGAAUUGCAGAUUUUACAAGUCUGAGAUAUGUUUACAUAGAGCUGCUUCUUCCUGUCCGCAGUAGUACACGUGUCCAUCUCUUUUCCACUUACAUCUGAAAUUGGGCAAUUUAUGAAACCAGUGAGAAGUCUGCAAAAAAAUAUAGAUCAGUGUCUCUUUAUCUUAUAUGAAGAUAUGUAUUUAUAUGGACAUCUGUGAUAGAGAAUGAUCGUUCUUGCUAUUUUCUUACUUUGGGCUUGUGAAUUGCAUGGACAAAAAGUGCCAUGACAUCGUUUACAUGAAAUUGUGACCAAAUAUGGACUCGAGUCUAUGAACAUGUACCAUACUGACUGACUUUGGAGUUUGCCAUCACUUCCCCAGUCACCUUCCCUGUUAGCAAUGAUUCGUGCCCACACCACCUACUGAAACUGACUAAAAAAGCAUGACUGUGUGCCAAACCUGCCUGUCCUUGUGCAAAUUCAGAUGCUAGCAUGCUGCUUUAUGAGUCCUUUGAUUACAUCUGAGCUUUUAUUCCUUUUGUCAUCUCAAGGGGGUUACACCAUGGCUUAUUGCCAAAAAGAGAUAAGUUGGUGGAAAGCACACAAUUGGUCUAUCAUUUUGAGGGAGUUGCAGUCUCAGCUGCAGAUCUCCAGCUUCCAGUAUUGUGAGCUCAUGGGGCCACCUUGGCUGAAAUACCAAGGGGGUGAGCUGAUUGCUGCCGCUGGUUUUCCUGGUGCUGCUCUUGGCAGUGAAGACAUGGGAAGAGGACCGGUUCAGCAUCCUGCGCCAUCUCUCAUGUGACCAAGUAGGAAAGAGGUUUACAAAUGCGAACACCCAGAACAGCAGACUUUUUUUUUUUUCUAAUAAAUUGAAUUCCAGUGAGUGUUAAUCUGGGUGAUUUUGGAGAAAGAGCCAUGCAGCACUUCUUUUGCGACAGGAGAUCCUUGGAAUGGCAGUCCCUGUUCCUGAGGACAGUGGGUGUGUACAUUGCAUCUAAGCCCAGAUUGCUGAAGAAGUACCAUGUCCCAAGAAGGGGCAGCCAAAAUGUCCCCUCCUGGAGGUACAGAGGAGCUCACCGGUACAAUCUCUACCAAAGUUGAUGUGAGAGCUUUCUUUCCUUCCAAGAUCCAGCCAUACCAAACAUUUUCUACAAGUUCUAGAAACAGAUAGAUAUUUUCCAUUCUUUUUAAAAUAUUUUUGGGGUUUCAUUUUUAGUCCCAGGAAUAUUUAGAAAAUAUUUGUUUCAGUUUUUGUCACGUCUGUCACAAGCAAUAUUUUUAAGACAAGUCAUCAAAUCAUAAUUUGGUGCCAACACUCAAAAUGACAUCUCUCUUGUUUUAGAUAACUGAAGAGAAAAGCAACUUCGAUUUCAAUUUAAUCAUUGUAGAGCAUGAAAGUUAAGCAUUUUUUCAGUAUUUUUUGACUUUUUUUUACAUGAUGAAUGUAACAAAUUAUCAGCUGAUAGACAAGGUUUUAGAGCAUUAGCUCACUUCUAUUUCUUAUGAUUGUUUUUUCUAUAGAUUUCUUUCUUUUAAUAUUUUUUAAUGUUUCUUAUUCACAGACCAAACCCAAGUUCUCAAAAAGCUGUGAAAUACAGUUGCCAUAAGCAUGUUUUCAUCUACUUGCUCAAAGGUUACCUAACCAUAUUAGACUGAGCACUUCUUUGCACAGUAAGAAGUUGGUGGCAUGUUUUGAAGUGGCUUAAGUGGAAAAGUUACAUGAGGAGAAACAUUGUUGAUAGUAGUCACCUGUUAGGUCAGUAGAGAUUUUAAUUUCCUUCAAGGAUUCAAUGCCAUUUCGUUGGGAAAUUUCUAGUUUUGUGAAUAAGUUUUUUUGUGUGUGUGUGGUUUUUAUUUUUAAACCACUGGAGGGGAAAUUUGCUCAUUGUUGAUUUGAAUGAUUCAAAAUGGUGUCUUUUUAAAUUAAUUUAUCUUGUUUCCAAGGUUAAAGGCAUGUUUAAACUAUUAGAUUAGUCUACUUGGUAGUAUUUCUUGUAACAUUCCACACCCCAAGCCAACUUAGCAUUUUGAAAAUAAUAGAGUGCCUCAUAUGGCAUAGGUAGCAUAAGUUAUUCCUCAAUGUCUGAAAUGAUUUGUCUUAAAUGGUUUGGGAAAAGUGAACUGGAGUGGAACUACAUUCUGUUUAGAAAAACCAACUAACAUCUUGAAAAAAAAGUCGGGUAGCUAUAUUUCUAUCCUCCUUUCUGUUCUUCUAGUAGAAAGAGGUAUUGAGAUCACUACCUAAAACUUACACAGCUUCAGAUAAGAAUACCUCAACAUCAAAAGAGAAGCAUUUCAUAUAUAAACAAAGUUUUAGAAUUUGGCCCUUUAAGGAAUACAGGGCUGUCCUUUGUGUAUAUUGGGUUUUUUGAUUUGAGUUAAGUGAUUUGACAGCAUUGACUUAUUCCAUGAUUAAAGGAAGUUGUAAACUUACAUUUCAUUUAUUACCUUGAGAAAAAACAAUGGGAUGAUGUCACUCCUCCUGAUUCAGUGGAAUUUCGAGGUCUUAAACACUAUAGAUGAUCUGAAAGUUUUGCAUUAUUAAAAUAUGUUCAUGCAUCAUUUUGUCAUCAAUACAGGGAGUCUUCAGAUAACUUCCAAAUGAAUAAUUAUGAUUGUUGAUAUAUGUUGAUAAACAUAUUUCCUAAAUAUUUCUUUUAAUUUAUAUUAUUGGAUAGAGGAUUGAGAAAAAUAUAUGAAAGACACAUUGGAAAUAAAUCAAGGUUUACUUCUGAGAAAACAUCUUUAAAAGAUGCAAAUUGUCGUGUUUUAGCUUUAAAACUUUUCCAUUCACAUUGGCUGGUGCUAAUGUAUUUUAUUCUUUCUUUAUGGACAGUGCAACUCUACUAUGGAUAAUUUCAUUUCUCUGAUUAUUAGCAUUCCUAAACUCAGUGUGUAAUUUUUCUUUUAAAAUUCAUGAAUUUGCUCUAAUUAUGGUUCAAUGACCAUCCUCUCUUAAAUGUAAAGUGUGCCUAUAGAUAAUGUGUUUUUACUUGGAUCAUGGGUCCCUUUGUUUCAUGUUAAUUUUAUACAUACUGUGCCUUUAUCAAUUUUUGUUCUUUUUCACUGACUCAUCUUUUCAACUUAUAUAAUUUGAUGAAACUUGAUACAAUCAGUGAUAGAGGAGUCUGCACACUCCACGCGGUUGCAUGAAUACGCCUACACUACUCUACCAGUUUUCACUUUGCAUUUUCAAUAGCAGGCCUGGAGGAGUUUUCUUUAUCAUCUGAGUUUAUACAGAACAUUGGAAUGCCUUUCAUUUGUACCAAUAGAAAGGUAUUAUUUUUGAAUUUGCAGUUUGUGCAUAUGAUGUUCUAAUGGGACAAGAAUUUAUGCAUCCUGUAGUUUAUACUACAUGUCCUUUGUCCACAAUGUGUGUGUUUGGAAAAUGAUCAAAUCAGCAUAGCUUUACCUAUUUGAAACCUUGUUUUUCCUCUAUUUCUUAAUAAUCAAAUUACAUUAAUAUUUAAGACUACUAAAAGUAGAAUUUUCUAACUUCAACAAAUAAAAACCCUGCUAUCUCUAGGAAGUCAAGGUCCACUAGGAACCUUAUCUUUCCAAAAAGAAGAAAUCACAUGUGACACAAUCUGUCAAAAAAAAAAAAUCCCACAUCCUAAACAUGCUUAACCAAUUAUGAUUCUGCUGAAUUAUUUUAGAAUAUAAAGACCUUCAGUCCAUACUCCAUCC